UGAUUCAAGAGAGCUUGAAACACAUUCAAGAAAGAUGUUACAAACAGAGAUUAAAUUUGAGGAAGGAUGGUCCUACAUACAUCAAGGUGUUACUAAGCUGAUAAGAAUUUUAGAAGGAGAGCCUGAACCAGCAUUAGAAUCUCAGCAAUAUAUGAAUCUGUACACGACUACCUACGUUAUGUGCUCCAAGAACCCUAAUUACUCACAACAGCUUUAUGAUAAGUAUCGUGAAGUAAUUGAAAAUUAUACAAUCCAAACGGUGUUGCCGUCUUUAAGGGAGAAGCAUGAUGAAUGUAUGCUAAGAGAGCUUGCUAAGAGGUGGAAUAACCAUAAAUUUUUGGUUAGAUUGUUUAGCAGAUUCUUGCUUUAUAUAGACUCUUCCUUUGUUUCUAAAAGAGGUCUUCCAUCACUGAGGGAAGUUGGCUUGAAUUGCUUCCACGACCUGGUUUAUCGUGAAAUGCAGUCCAUGGCCACAGAAGCUGUAAUAGCACUUAUUCAUAAAGAGCGUGAGGGUGAACAAAUUGAUAGAGAACUAGUGAGAAACGUAAUAGAUGUCUUUAUUGAGAAUGGGAUGGGAACUAUGAAAAAAUAUGAAGAGGAUUUUGAAAGCUUCAUGCUCCAAGAUACUGCUUCUUACUAUUCUAGCAAGGCGACAAGGUGGAUCCAAGAGUAUUCUUGUCUUGAUUACACGCUAAAGCCUCAAGAGUGUCUACAAAGGGAGAGGGAGAGAGUCACUCACUACCUUCAUCCAACCACUGAACCCAAACUAUUUGAGGUGCGUUAUGAUAUAAUUAUUUGGAAUUAAUCCUAUUUUUAAG